CACGUUGACGUUUCAUCAAAUCAUUCCCUGAUUGUUUUUUGUGAAUGUGCAGUUGCAUUGUUUUUAAUCGAAUUACCAAGUUUUUUUCCUGAAACCGAUGAAGUAAUAUUAAUAAAAUGUCGUUCGGCAGUUUCGAGAACGUCGGAUCGUUCAUACGCGAUUGUGGUAACAAGAAAUUGAAAUAUGACGAAGCUUGUUUACAAGUUAUUACUGACCGACCGAUCAGUUUUUGGAGUCAAUAUGAAGAAUGUGAGGGCUGUAUUUUACUGCAAAGGGCUAAUAUAACGAGUUCACACAACUUCGUGAUUGAUACAAUAAGUCCUUUGCGCUACACGGUGAAAAAAGACGACAAUGCAGAGAUCUGCAGUGGGGAAUACCAAUUCAACGAAUACGGCCAGUAUCUCCUCAAUGUGACCGAAGUGAAGACCGACUCAUGCGCGCCUCGUAUGACGGCGGAACCGGAUGCGGCGUACCUGCCGAUCCUGACCGCCGUCGUCAUUCUACUGUCUAUGGCCACACUAUGGUACGUCGUCAAGGGGAUAGGGAAGAGGAUUGUCGCUGGACGCCUGUAUUCUAGAUAUUUUGCAAGAGAAGACAAUGAGCUUGGGUCGGAGACCCGCGUGUUCACGACGGAGGCGAGCGUGUCGCGCUCCCCGACCAGGUCACGGCUGCGGUCCCUCGACAUCUUCCGAGGAUUCUCUAUCGCUCUCAUGAUAUUCGUGAACGCUGGCGGCGGCGGCUACGGUAUCUUCUCCCACAGCGUGUGGAACGGGCUGACGGUGGCCGACGUCGUGUUCCCGUGGUUCGCUUUCGCGAUGGGCGAAGCUCUCGUGCUCUCACUCAACGCCAGGCUCAGGACCUCCCUACCGAGAUAUGUUGCUUUACAGCAGGUGGCGUACCGAGCGCUCAUGAUGUCCUUCAUAGGCAUUGUGCUAGGCUCCACCAACUCGUCCUGGGUCGACGUGCGUCUGCCCGGAGUGUUGCAGCGUCUGGCGGCCAUGUACCUUAUAGUGGGGGCUCUGGAGUGCGCCUUCAUGAGAACUAGCCAGAAUAUUACACCAGGUCGAUCUCUGUUCAGAGACAUCAGUGCUGGCUGGCAACAAUGGCUGUUCACUUUAAUGCUUGUGUCUAUUCAGGUAUGUAUAACCCUGUUGGUGGCUGCCCCGGGCUGCCCGCGCGGCUACCUGGGCCCGGGCGGCCUGCACCUGUCCGCGGUCUCCAACGUGUCGCUGCAGAACUGUACUGCAGGCAUCGCCGGGUACAUCGACAGGCUAAUCCUCGGCCCAGCACACUUGUACCAGCGCGGCACCUUCAAAAACCUGUACAUGACGACAGUCCCGCACGACCCUGAGGGCAUCCUGGGCGUCCUGUCCGGGGUGCUGGUGGUACAGGCCGGGGCUCACGCCACCAGGAUCAUGCUGGCUUACAACCACGCGAGGGCACGUAUAAUGCGCUGGGUGUUCUGGUCGCUGGUGUUCGGCGUGGCGGGCGGCUCGCUCUGCAUGUUCAGUAAGAACGGCGGCCCCAUCCCCGUCAACAAGAACCUGUGGUCGCUGUCCUACUGCCUCGUCACGUCAUCCAUGGCGCUCUUCAUACAGGCCGCCUUGUACUUCAUAGUCGAUUUGAAGACUAAGUGGGGUGGCAGGCCUUUGUAUUAUGCUGGUCAAAACGCAUUAUUCCUGUAUAUCGGAAGCGAGCUCCUGAAACGCAACUUCCCCUUCCACUGGGCCCUAUCCCAGCCGACGCACGCACAACAACUGGCAACACACGCGGCCGCCAUGUUGAUAUGGUUAGCCGUCGGUGUUGCCCUACACAGGAAGAGGGUCUUUAUCACGCUGUAAUAGUGUUGUAACGGUAAAUAAUGUGUUUUUUAGAAAUGACUUGAAUGGUAAAGUUGGGAUUUUUAUUAAUAUUUGAGCUUAUAAUUUUAAUUGCGGAAAUAUAGAUAUAUGGAAUUGUCAACCCGUAGUGGGCAAGUGAGUUCAUUAGUGCUUAAUCCUUCCUUAUAAAGAGGUGAAUGAGGGAUUAUCACAGGGAUUACUACACGCUGCGAAUAUUAAUAAUUUUGAAUAGGCUCAGUUUUUAAAGGCGAAUUUAUAACUUGACUUAAAAAAGAACAAGGACUAGAUUAGGCAACGCAUGUGGCUAACACUCUAUAUAAUAAAACCACUACAUCAUUAUGGAAUUGCAACAAUCAUUCAAGUCACAUGCCCCAAAGGCACCCAGACUCAAGACAUGAAUUCGGGGAUCACACAAAUGCUUAUCCUACACGGGGAUCGAACCCGCGACACGCAAACAGUGCGAUUGGCGUGCAAUUACAGUUCAAUAAAAAGUAAUUUAAUUAAAAUUGUAAGCUUUGACGUAAAAAUAAAACUAAUACUAUUCAAGUCAUAUCCAAUGCCUUAAUAAAGAAGAAAAUAUGUUAUAAUUAUUUCUAUUCUAUUGUAACGACAUAAGGUUUAUUUUUGUUUGAUUUAACUAUAAUACAAUAAACAAUAUAUCUGUAUAACAUAGUCGUGUUUAUUCCCUUGUAAUACAGUCUAGUUUAGUUUGUAAUCAUUAUUUAAUAACUUGUGAUGUUCUUUAACAACUUCUGAAGCUUGUAGUGGUAUUAUUUUCUUUUUUAAAUCUGUAAACUGUUUCAAUUAAUUUGUAAAAGAUCUUAAACUGCAAAAGACAAUUAAUAUUUAGAUACUAUUGCUCAAAAUACAUGGCUCGGUCAUCUACUAAAUUUCUGUAAAAAUAUUUCGGAACUGAUUGUAAAAUACAUUUCUAUAAUAAUAAUAGCAAGUUAAAAUUAUAAUUUGACGUCAAAUAUAGGUUUGAAAGCAUGAAUUUUGUUCUAUAAUUAUUAUUAUUUGCGUUGGAGCUUUAAAUGAAUUAGAAAAAUUAAAGGAAGACCUUUGUACACAA